GGAAACUACGACUUGUUUGUUUUCCGGUCUUCUCACGCAGCAUGGAGAACCUGAUCCACGCCGAACCAAAACACGUGAAAAUGUCGGCUGAACCUCUUGCCGUCUCUGGCUCGAUUCCGGUGGAUCCAGCGUCCGCAGCUGCAGAAAAAGCUGCGGGCGGUGCUCCGUGUUUGGUCCCGUCUUACUCCGCCGCCGUGGAGCUGCUGUCAGCGCCGUACUCCUGCCUGGUGAUGAACCCCCGCAGGAGGCACGUCGUCCUCCCGCCGGUCUACCUCCACAAGAAGAGAAGCGGAAUCCAGGAGGAGCUGGAAGCGGAGCUCCUGAAGUUCUCCCAGAGUCUGAACGGAGUACCCCUGGCUUAUGACAACAUCCGGAUAGUGGGCAGACAUGGAGACAUCUACGAUGACAGCGGCUACAUUCACAUGGACAUAGAGGCCAAUUUUGUUGUAUUUCAACCCAAAAAAGGGCAGAAACUCCUGGGUAAAGUAAAUAAACUAGGAGUGAGCCAUGUUGGCUGUCUUGUGCACGGCUGUUUCAAUGCCAGCAUCCCAAAACCAAAUCUCGUCUCUGUGGAAACCUGGAGGGAUGCGGGGCCCAAGAUCGGGUCGGAGCUGGAGUUUGAGGUGACAGCUCUGGAUGCGGACGCUGCUGGGGUGCUUCUGAUCAGAGGACGUCUGCUCAAGACCAGGGUCCAGGAGCUGCUGGCCCUCUGUGAGAUGUCAGAGUCUACUCAUCCCGCUGACACAGAACCAAACCCAGAGUCAGUCCAGCAAGAGCCAGAGGAACCCCCCAAGAAGAAAAAGAAAAAAGAUCAGAUCAAAGAGCUGGAGACAGGAGAGGAAACAACAAGGUUACCUCAGAACCAGGUGGACUGUAGUUCAACGCCCCAUCCAAAUGGAACAACAGAUGAGAUCCAGAAUGAAGAAGCUGGGGACAAAAAGAAGAAGAAGAAAAAGAAAAAAGAAAAACAUCUGAAGGAAGAGGUGGAGGAAAUUGAGGUAUCUCCUCCUGAAGUCCACUGCAGCGACUCCAGCGGUUACCUCAGCGACAAACCGAGCAAGAAAAGAAAGCAUGAAAGUGGUAGUGACGGCACGGUGGCUUUCACAGAUGAAAUCACGCCUACAAAAUCUAAGAAGAAGAAAAAAAACGGACAGUGAGCAGUUUGCCUGAAGUAAGACUUUUCUGUGGGGAAUUCAGAUAUAUUAUUAAAAAGAUCAAAGUGAUCAUGAUUUUUUUGUGCCUUAAAGAUUUGACAGUUAAGAGAAGACUUCUGCUUGACGUGCUUCUUUUUGAGCUUCUGAGCUGAAGAUCAAAAAACAGGAGUCGGGACAGAUAAGAUGCUGUCCUUCGAGUCAAAUCGUGUGAUUCCAAAGUCUACGAGACGAUUGAGUCCACCUUAUUGCAAAUGUACCAACCGUCAAUAUAAUGUAAAGUCACCAGCAGAGGGAGCCAAAGCAUCCAGACUCAAGACUUCCCACAUUUUUGUUCAGUUUUUUUAAAUGAAAUUAUCUGUAAUUUUUGAGAUAAUAUGGUCCGUGUCAACAGAUAUGACCAAUUUUUUGGGUAACUUAAGGAUUUCUAUUAAUUUCCUGCCCCAAUCAAACAUUUUAUGUACAUGUAUGAAUAUACCUUGCAUCAAAAAAAUCUUUAGAACUCUUUUUAUUCCCCCAAAAAUAAAACUUUCUCAAUUAUUU